GGCAAAACAUUUACGGGUGUGUCGCUGUACGCACAGGGAAUGGCAACACUGUUCUUACAUUUCCUUUUGGCGAAUCAGUUUUGGAGAAGUCAUCGAACAAUUCAGACGCAAUAUAGCAGCAGCACAGUAGCUUAUUCAUAAACUAUAUGAAAAGAAUUUUUUUUUUUUUAGAUUCAUGCAAAUCGUACAUAAUCGACACCAUUUACGAUUCCAUUGGAAAAUUAUUUAAUGAUAAAGAAAGAAAAUAAACUGAAAAUAAAAUUUAAGCAAUUUAGCUUAACGAACUGACCAUAUAUAUAUAUAAAAAAAAAACAUUUUUAACAAGAAAAAGAAAUAUAUAUUGAGAGUGUUUUCAAUGUCGAUUGAUUUUGUGAAAGUGAUUACGGGUAAUCAAAAGUGAAGGUCUCCGCCAUUUUGGUUUUUUCUAUACGACAAAAGAAAAAAAAAAUUUGUCUUUCUGAACUACCAAGACCUACUUGAAUGCCAUAAAUAUCAGAAAAAUUCUGUAUGGCUUUUAUUUGAAUGUGAAUGAAUUUUCAGUAGGUUGAAACGAAAAUGCCAAGGAUUGAUCCAGUGAAAUUAUUAUCUUGCAUUGGUGUACUUUUAUCGCCAAAUGGAGGAAUUCGUAGUGCGACCGAAGUUAAAAGACUCGCCGGGUUAAUGAGCAAAUACUCAAAGAAGCUCGUCUCAAAAUGCAUUUAUAUUCAAAUUCUGAAGUGUACCGAAACGGAAUUACUGGGACAAUUCAUGGGUUGCGGUGGAUGGCCGUUGGUGCAUUCAUGGCUGGCGGAUGGAAUCGAUUCGAAAAAUUGGCCUUUAGUGCAGGAGCUAUUGGAACUGUUGCUCUUGUGUCCGGUUGAUGUUCCGCGAUUACAAAGCAACUCUGCACCCAAACUGGUCAAAGGUCUAUCGCGCGAAGAGGAAAAUGAAGGUGUUCGCAUAUUGGCAACGAGACUCGUUGAGCAGUGGCUUAAGAUAGCGAGAGGCGAAAUCUCUAGUCAAAAUUCAAUUGUAUUUAAUAAAGAAAACCUUCUUGAUCCUCAGACUCAAAUUAUUGUUAAGCCGGUUCAAAUGUUUAGUGAUCAGAGCUUAGACAGUGCAGGCGAUUUGAAUACUGUAGAUAGUAGCUUGUGUGAGUCUCAAAUAAACGAUAAUGAUGUGACUGAUUGUGCGAAUGAUCUAGGUGAAGCUGAUGAAAGUGAAGGCUUAGUUUUCAAAUUUACUAUGAAAGAUGGCAAACAAACGCUGGCCAAAAUAAGCGAUACAUCGCCCAAAAAGAAUGGCAGCCAACGUCUGGCCGAUACGUUAAAAGAUUCCGAUUCGGAUGAGCGGUCGUCAAAGUCGCGCAGCGACAAAUCAAAAGAUGACAAAAACGGUAAAGACCGUGAAAAGAGCAAAGACCAUCACAAGAAAUCCAGUUCUUCAUCAUCGCAUCGAAGCUCAAGCAGCAACAAAUCGUCAUCGUCAUCGUCAUCAUCGAAGCACAACAGCAGCAGUAGUAGUUCAAAAUCAUCGAGCAGCCAUAGUAAACCCCACAAAAGUAGUUCGUCAUCUUCGACGAGCGGUCACAAGAGCAGCUCAUCGAGCAGUAGUCGUGACAAAGAUAGACACAAAUCGUCAUCGAAAUCUUCUAGCUCUUCGGGUUCAAGUAGCUCGAAAGAUAAAAAUUCGGAAUCGUCCAAGACCCAAGCCGAAAAAGACAAAGACACUUUGGCGAAAAUUCAACCAAAAACACUUGAAAAACUAGGAAAAAUCCCGAAGAAAACCACAUCUUCCGACGGAUCAACGGAUCCGACGAAGAAAGCAACCACCGAAACCUCAGUGCCCGCCAAGAAGAAAUCGAUUUCAAUUGAAGUGCGUAAAGAUGUUGAAAAUCGACCGAAAACGGUUAAAACCUAUAACAAACAAUUCAGAAGUCAUGGAUUGGCCGAAGAAGCUCCACCACCACCAUCUCGCAAAGAUCUUAAGAAACCAGCGUCUGUGCUUACAAAUGGAAUACCAAUCGUUGCAAAACGAUCCCUAUCACCGAUCAACCACACCGUCAAAGAACUCGAAAAGAAAAUCAAACUGUCAUCGCCAACUGUGGACAAACCGGGAGCGAUCAAGCUCAUUCCAGCGAAACCGAAACCAUCGGUAUUGAUUGAAUCAGACAUGUUUAUGGAUGCAAUGACAGCGGCGACCACCAAAAAAGAGGUGCGAAAGCGUAAGCGAAUCACAAGUGCAAAAGAGUCGGAAAUUGUCGGCGAUAAUAAGACAACAGCACCGAAAGACAGCAAAGAUGCGGCCAAAGCUGUGACAGCCGCUCCAUUGCGAUUCUAUCAAGACACGUUAGAAGAGAGUGAAAAUAAAGAGGAUACCAAAUUAGACGCAGCCAAAAGAGAAACGGACGGUUCAGACGAUGGCGAGACGAAGGAAAAGAAACUCAAAACGGAAGACGAUUCAAGUGAAGAGCAAACUGUUGAACAAAAAUCGGUGGAAGCCACAAUUGAAUCGCCCGAAGAGCCGGUUGAAGAAGUGAAACGUGAACCAGGACCGGGUUGUGGCCCAGACGGUCCACCAGGUGUUUUAACGAUUCAUCGACGCAAAGGCCCAAAGAAAACGUUACGAUGGAAACCACAAGAAUCUCUCGAAGAAGUGCGAUUCUUCGAAUUGGAUGAAACGGAACGGGUGAAUGUGACCAAAACAUUUGUCGAUAUGAAGCAAAUUGAACGUGUCAACGAGCGUGAAGCAUUUAAGAUUGGGCGAAAGGGUAUCGCUGACGAUGUGAUGACGGAACAAAUAGCAUGGGCACCACUGAUUUUGGUCGACGAUGUGCCCGAACAUGAAGUGAAGAGCAAAGAACGCGAAGUGCAGGCCGAACGUGAAAAAACGUGCCUCAACACAAUUUACUUUAACCGAGCAAUGAUCCCAGACAGUCCACUUGAACCAGAUGUGAUUGCAUUCCAAAAUAUUGAACCACCAACCAUACCUCUCUACGAUAUUACCGGAAAUACGGACGCCAUACAUGAUUACACCAAUAUGCCUUGGCCCGAGGCGAAAGGAUCACCGCCGCACCAAGCUGGCAAUCUCGACGAUUUGAAUGGCAUUUCAAACUUUGGUACAUUCAGUCAAUUCAACAACAUGAAUUGGCCAGCACAAAAUAUAAUGGGCAUUCGACCGCCACAAAUCGGUCUCAUGAUUCCACCGGACGCAAUCAACCCGAUCAACAUGAAUCCGAUUCACGCAUUCAAUACACCCACAAUGGCACCGAUGAUGGGACAAUUGCCACCAAAUAAUAUGGCAUUUAUGAACAAUUUCGCACAAGGUAUGCCACCGAUGAUGCCCGACAAUCGCGCCAAUCGCGGAAACAAUUGGUUCGGUGGCAACAAUAAUGUCGCUAACAAUAAUUGGCAAGCUCAAGGUCCGAACAACAACCAAAACAACAACAACAACAACAACAAUACACGACAGAAUUGGGUUUCGAAUCGUAGAAUAUGCAAGCAAUUUCAACGUGGCUUUUGUAGGCACGGGAAAAAUUGUAAAUUUUUACAUCCCGGCGAAAAUGGACCGAAAUUUUAGUGUAAUUUUUUAGCAUUUAAGUGAAACAUACCACAAAAGCGGCGAAAAAAAAACACAAUUUUGUAAAAAGAAAAAAACACAAGUGUUUAAAUACAUGAAACCAAUAUGUAUUCGUUCAUGUUAAAUUGUUAAAAUAACGUAACAUAUUAUUUUAUAGCCGAUACCUUUUAAGAUCGAUCUAAGAGAUAGAAAAAAAAAACUGAAUUUUAAAAUGAAAAAUAACAAUAACCCGAAUUAUACAAAACGCAAUGAAGUGAAA